UUGGGCACCGCCCCUUUCCGCAGGCUCAAAGCGGAUGGCUGCCGCGGAGGCGGAGUGAGAGUACGGCGGCCGAUCUCAACGCGGUUCUUUGGAGUCCGCCGCGAGCAGCGCCCCGGCGGGGCCGAGCAGUCCGAGCAGGCUCCAGCCGCGGCCUGCCUGCUGGGAUCUGGGGGCGGGGGAGACAAGCGACGGCCCCUGACCCACCCCGCUGCUGGAGCCUGAAGACUGGCUUGUGGGGUGGCCGUGUCACAUUAAGUCUGCCUUCUCCUGGAUGAAAAGAACUUCAAGCCUGGAUACGGGCUCCCCUCACCUUCCCAGUCUCUGGAAGAGGGGGGUUGCCCCUGUCUUUUCCAAAGUGAGAUCUGCCAACCAACAGCCCAGCCAAACCUGACAAGGCACCAUGGAUUCCUUCAAGGUGGUGCUAGAGGGGCCAGCACCUUGGGGCUUUCGGCUACAGGGAGGCAAGGACUUCAAUGUGCCCCUCUCCAUCUCCCGGCUCACUCCUGGAGGCAAAGCUGCACAGGCUGGCCUAGCAGUGGGCGACUGGGUGCUGAGCAUUGAUGGUGAGAAUGCAGGGGGCCUCACACACAUCGAAGCCCAGAACAAGAUCCGAGCCUGCGGAGAACGCCUCAGCCUGGGUCUCAGCAGGGCCCAGCUGGCUCAGAGCAAACCGCAGAAGGCCCUGGCCCCUGCCACGGACCCCCCGCGGUACACCUUUGCACCCAGCGCUUCCCUCAACAAGACAGCCCGGCCCUUCGGGGCACCCCCGCCCUCUGACAGCACCCUACAGCAGAAUGGACAGCCGCUCCGACCGCUGGUCCCAGAUGCCAGCAAGCAGCGGCUGAUGGAGGACACGGAAGACUGGCGGCCACGGCCUGGGACAGGCCAGUCCCGUUCUUUCCGCAUUCUCGCCCACCUCACAGGCACCGAGUUCAUGCAAGACCCGGAUGAGGAGCACCUGAAGAAGUCAAGCCAGGUGCCCAGGACAGAAGCCCCAGUCCCAGCCUCAGCUACACCCCAGGAACCCUGGCCUGGCCCUACCACCCCCAGCCCCACCAGCCGCCCACCCUGGGCCGUGGACCCUGCAUUUGCCGAGCGCUAUGCCCCAGACAAGACGAGCACAGUGAUGACCCGGCACAGCCAGCCCGCCACACCCACGCCUCUGCAGAACCGCACCUCCAUCGUGCAGGCGGCCGCUGGAGGGGGCCCAGGAGGGUGCGGUGGCAGCAAUGGCAAGACUCCCGUGUGCCACCAGUGCCACAAGGUCAUCCGGGGCCGCUACCUGGUGGCGCUGGGCCACGCAUACCACCCCGAGGAGUUUGUGUGCAGCCAGUGUGGGACGGUCCUGGAAGAGGGGGGCUUCUUUGAGGAGAAGGGUGCUAUCUUCUGCCCCCCCUGCUAUGACGUGCGCUACGCACCCAGCUGUGCCAAGUGCAAGAAGAAGAUCACAGGCGAAAUCAUGCAUGCCCUGAAGAUGACCUGGCAUGUGCAUUGCUUCACCUGUGCGGCCUGCAAGACACCCAUUCGGAACAGGGCCUUCUACAUGGAAGAGGGAGCGCCCUACUGCGAGCGAGACUAUGAGAAGAUGUUUGGCACAAAAUGCCGAGGCUGUGAUUUCAAGAUCGAUGCUGGAGACCGCUUCCUGGAGGCGCUGGGCUUCAGCUGGCAUGACACGUGCUUCGUAUGUGCUAUAUGUCAGAUCAAUCUGGAAGGAAAGACUUUCUACUCCAAGAAGGACAAGCCCCUUUGCAAGAGCCAUGCCUUCUCCCACGUGUGAGCCCCUCCAGUCUACUGCUGCCUGCCCACCUAGCCAGAUGGGUCACUUUCUGAAGUCAGCGCCCCGGAUUUUUGGGUAGGGUGGCUAAGGUCACUCCAACCCUGACUCCUGGCCCGAGCCUGGGGUUCCCUGGGCCCUAUCCCACCCCCUUCACCUCCCCUCACUCCCUUCACCACCAUCGCACACCGGUGCUGGCCACACCGGCCCCUUUUCACACCCAGUCACAAUAAAUUUGUAUCCAGCUGUG